ACAACUAUGAUAUCACUAAGAGUGAGUGGAGGUUUUAACAGCGACCUAGGGAUGCAGACGAGGAGAUAGAGGGAUGCUGUAUAUGGAGGAGAGUAUGGGACGUCCCGGGUAGCAGCCCCACCCACAAAUCCUUACUGCUCCGCCUUCGCAAAAUUCAUUUCCCCAGGGGUAGCUCGCCGGACUUUCUAUUAGUCAAAUACGAACAGUUCGCACAGUCAGUCAUCUUAGUAGAAAGUGAUAAUUUUCUCAAUUCUACGUGAAAUUUAUUAGUGUCAUCUAGUGAUUUUUUAAAUAAAAAUUUGGAUUAUGUCAUAAACACAUCAACCGUCAGUAAAUCAAAAGAAAUUGACAUUUGAUACUAGACCGAAAAUAUGCCGAUGUUAACAUUCAAUGGCAGCAAUGGUACCGCCGGCGACGCAGAAAAUGGUUCUCCGGUUGAUUCUCUUCUGUCCGGUGAAGGAGAACUUGCUGAGGAACCUGGGGAUUCACCAGGAACACCUCGAGACACUGAAGAAGAGGCUACACUCUCUGAUGACUUUUAUUCAUAUGAUACAGAUGACGAAGAUGAUCAGAAUAAAAGAAGAAGGGAUCGAACCAGCUCUCUGGACGGGAUCUCAUCGUCGGGAAGUGGACAGGUAGGCUCACCUUCGCCAAGAGUAGGAACUCUAGGAGUCAGAAAGCUCUUUACGAACAGUCGUGAACGGUGGAGACAGCAAAAUGUCAGUGGAGCUUUUGCUGAACUUCGUAAAUUAGUACCAACUCAUCCACCGGAUAAGAAGCUUUCAAAAAAUGAAAUAUUACGAAUGGCCAUAAAGUACAUAAGACUCUUAAGUAACGUUCUCGAGUGGCAAAAAGCUCAAGAUCGUAAUGGACUGCAUCAUCAUGGUGUACGAAUAAAGUGCGAGCCUCAUUUCGUCAUACAAAAUUCGACGAGUUUUCAAAGCAAAGGAUCUAGUACGUAUUUCAAGCAAGAAAAAACAAAAGACACAGAAGCUACAUCUGGUUAUAAAGUAAACUGUACGAUUCAGCGAAGUGUGCAAAAUUCAACAUCACAAUUGGGCUGUGAUAGAAAUGGCAAUAAUCUUUUAAUGAUUGCACCUACCCAUAGUACUGACGUAGUUUCUAGCAAACAAAAUUUAUCUCUAGUUUCCGGUACCCAAACUCACUUUUCUACCGGAAGCUUAUCGAAUAACGGAAAUCACUUACGUUCUCCUGACUCCGUUAAUCGUCAACAAACUGCUACGUUUCCAAGAUCACCUCAAAUUGGCCCAGCACAAUCAGUUUCUACUCAUAGUUGUACCAGUUCUACUGGUGGAGUUUCUAAUUCCAAUGGUGUGGGAAGCGGAAGUUGUGGUCAAAAGAGACUGAAGGUUGAAAAGGAUGAAGAGGAAGUUGUAACGUCUUCACAAAAUAGAGAGUGCAAAGUACCACCACCACCUUCACAUGUUGUUCCUAUACGUAAACGAGUACGAAUCGCAUUCGUUAAGGAAACAAAUUCUCCAUUUCGUAAUGAUUUUAAGAAUUCGGAAAGAAAAUAGACUUCAUUGUAUUAAGUAAAGUGUAGUCCUACCUGCUGUAGUACUAUAAGCAAAAUAAGCGAGUCAGGAUGAAAAAUAAGAUAUCAGAAUACAUGAGAUAAGAGAAUGCCAGAACGAAUACUUUGUUAAUAAUAAUAGUAACCUACUUUAAUAAUAUUUCCUAAAGUAUUCUCAAUGCCAUUUAGCUUUACAAGUAAUUUUUUUGAUAACAUACUUUGGUAAGGAUAUUGUUAGCAUGAAAACCAUUUGUAUUAUUUUAUCAGAGUACGACUGGCUUGUUGCUGAUAACAGAAUUGUAUACUUUAUAAGUACUUUCUAUGUUGUUUGUACAGAAUGGUGUUAGGAUAUUAAUUUGGUCUCUUCUAUUAUAUUGUAUUUUUGACAACAUUUUCUAUUAAUUAUUGUGAGGAUUUAAU